AGACCAGCCCUCAUCCCCUGGUGUGUUUGCUCUACUGUAGGCUACCUUCUAGUGUCUCCACUGAUAAAAGAAAAGGCGGCCAUUCAUGUUGUUGGACUACUGUUGCAGGUGUUGUGGGUAUUGUGGGUCUACUCUGAAGCGCUAUGGACCAACACCAGUCAAGAUCAAGACCAACGUCAGUGAAACAUGGAUUGUUCUCCAGAACUUGCUGAUGUGCAUGAUAUCCUUCUAUGCUGUUUACUACAUAGUGGUCAGUCUCUGCAUUGGUAUUCUGAGGGUACAUGAGGUUGACAGCCUUUUAGCACCCUUUGACUACACAACACAACCAUCAUGGCAAAGUCCAAAAUACCUAGUGACAGUGAUCUCUAUGGAGGUGACCUAUCUUUUGGGAGGCCUGAUAUUUGCGUGGAUUGUCGAGGAGUGGGUGUGGGACUACGCCAUUACAGUCACACUAAUACACAUCGGUCUGACGGUAGCAGUUAUGUCUGAUUUCCCAUCAACAGAACAUUAUUGGAUUGCUCUUGGUUCUGGAUUGGUGAUGAUGAUUUUCGGAGGCCAACUUCUAGCAUACAAGCUUUUCAGGAAUAAUUUUGUGUAUCCGGAUGAGCUCCAAAAUUUCUAACAAAAACAUUGAGCUUUUCUUCUAUAAAAUGAUGUAGGGUCAAUAAUAUGUUUUUAUACUCUGUUUUUUUGUACUACACAACUUUGGUACUCUGUAAAUCCACAUAUCAUAUUUUGCAAUUCUAGGUUGUUUGGAAGGAAUUGUUGAG